CGUUUCGAUCUUGUUUGCUUCUUCCCUCCCGUUUCCCACGGUAAUCGUUAAUCCUCUUAGAAUGAAGCUGAGUUUUCCAGUUAGUUCCGGUCGGAGCUUUGCGGCUAGAAGAUGAAAAGUUAUAUAAAGUCAGUCGACGCACUUCACCGGGGUUUAUUCUUGAUUGAGAUCUUGUUCCGGUUAGUGCAGUAUGGUUCGUAUGGCCAUGGCACGAGUGAAUUUCCGAACCGUAGUUGCUUUCGUUUGCCUGAAGUGUGUUCUAGCGCACUCUCCUCCGGUGGUGAUAGACAAGCGUGUAGUGCUAUCGUCCGUGUACGAUGCCAUCAAAGGAAAUAGCAUCGAUCCUUCGACCAGCGUGGCCACCAUCGGGGAAGAUUCGCGUAAUAAACGAAACGUGCGAUACUACACUUACGACGAUCCACAAAAUGAUGAUUUAUUUCCCGGUUAUGGUGAAAUUGUCCAUCCACCACAAUCAGGACCGGUGCAAAAGCAGUGCAAACCCGAACCAUCCUCCGCGGUGCAGUCGAUCAGCAUUUCCGAUCACAGCUGGACGGGCAUCGGUUCGUCGAUCAUUCACCUGCUCAAGUAUCUGAUCGCCGGGCUAGCCGUAUUGACGCUUCCCGUGCUAUUGCUGCAAGCCUUCAUCAUACCGUUAAAAAUUCUAAUGGGAUUAAAAUCGGUUGCCGUAGCGAACACGCUCGUGCUCGGGACGUUCCUGUGGAAGUAUCUCAAUCGACGCCGGGUACGGGACGAUGAGGACGAUGAUGAUGAUGAUGAUGAUGGUGGAGGCGAUCAGCAGCAGCAGUCGUCGGGGGUUGGAGCACCCGGGACAAUCGAUGGUGGAGCUGGUGGAGGGUUGCACAACCACGAUAAUCGGUUCUUUCCCUUCCGGGCGGAAGAUUUUGAGCAUAUGACCGAGGAGGAGAUCAAAACGGCGCUGAAACUGUUGCUCAAGCGAAAUAAACGUUGGUGAUGCGCCUUUUUAAU